AUUUUUUUUCUUCUCCCCUCCAACCAUCCUAUCUGGCUUGGUGAUGGGGCUGCCCAUUGGCCAAGGCCUAAUUAUUAGUAUGGGGAUCAAACUUAUUGACAUAAAUCAAAUUGGGUUUUAGGAGGGUUUUGGGAAUUCAGCCAGCAAUGCACAAACUUCUACAGGUAAAACCCUUGAUUACCAGUCAAACCCUGUGGAGGGCUACAAUCCCUUCCACAAAUCUGCUUUCUUUGAUCCAAAAACGCUUCCUUCAAACCCAGGCAAUCCCUUCAUCUGCUUCAGAACCGCCCCCUUUGGGAUCCGCUCCUUCACUCUCGAAACGCCUCCAGAUACUCCAAACCAACUCUCCAAAUUCCUCAUCCGUCCUCAACUGUUUGAAAUCCCAUGGAUUCGAGGAUACCCAAAUCGCCAAACUGGUUGGAAAGCGCCCUGACAUCCUCAAUUGCAAAGUUCACACGAAGCUCGUGCCCAAGCUUCGAUAUCUUAUUGAAAAGGGUUUUACAGGUAAGCUUUUGCCUGACCUCAUUUUGUCGAAUCCGUUAAUUCUUUUUCGGGGCUUGGAUUCUCAUAUUAAGCCAUCUUUCGAGUUCUUACGCCCUUUUCUGAAUGGUGAGGAAAUGCUGGUUGCUAUUAAACGAUCUUCGUGGUUAUUGACUAUUAGUCGGAAUGCGAUUUUGCAACCAAAUGUUGAUUUAUUGAUCAGAGCAGGGAUUCCUGCUAGUAGGAUAUCCAAGUUGCUUAUAUUACAGCCUAGAGUUAUCUCGCAAAGCAAUGACAGGAUGGUUUACGCGAUUAAAACUGUUAAACAAAUCGGUCUUGAACCCAAAGUGCCUAGGUUUAUACAUGCUCUUAGGGUGAUUUGUUCGAUGAGCGAGUCAAAUUGGAAGAAAAAGGUGGAGGUUUUUAUGAGUUUGGGAUGGAGUAAAGAGGAAGUGUUGAAUACUUUUAAGAAAGACCCCCCUUGUUUAGCUUGUUCCGAGAAUAAACUUCGGUGUUUGAUGGAUUUUUAUGUGAAUACUAUGAAGUCGGAUGUGAAAACUAUAAUUGCAUACUCAAAAUUACUUCAUUAUUCAGUUGAGAAAAGGGUUCACGCAAGGUAUAUAGUUUUGAAGGUUUUGGAGUCAAUGAAGCUGAUCAAAGAGUACAAGAAGAUUGUUUGGGCAAUAGUAUUGUCUGAAAAGAAAUUUUUGGAGGCAUAUAUUACUAAGCAUAUAGACAAAGUUCCAGAGUUGUUGGAUAUGUACCAUGGUGCUGUUAAGCGAAGGAAAACAAUCAGGGGCAAAAGAGAAAAAUUUGAUCCCAAAUCAGCAAGUUUGGCUCUGUAAUUCAGAAACUACCUAGUGUUGGAAGCCUGUGAUUUGGAGUUUUCGAGCAAAUUGAGAAACUCUUAAAAGAUGCUUCUAAAAUGAUUCUGAUUCUUCUUCUGAAAAAUGGAAACCAAGGGUUUCCAAAUCUAGAUACUAAACUUAUUACACCUUUUUCAAUUGUAUAUAAGAUAAGAAAAAUGAAGUUUGAAAAUGAAAAUCAUUUUCCGAUCCUAAAUGUGCCCAUGUUUUUAAGUUUCUAUUAGCAAUGUAAUGUCAGUGAAAGCUGUGGCUAAGAAAAAUGAACUUUAUAUAAUAUAAGAUAAGAAAUAUGAAGUUUGAAUCAAAAUUAUGAGAUUGGUUGCUCCUAUUAGCAAUGUAAUGGCUGUGAAAGCUGUAGUUAGUUUUGGCUUAUUUACAACUUCAUGUCAUUCAAACUCUUAUCUUGCUGUUCUUUCCAUGAUGGAAUUGGAAAAGGAAUGGAAUGCAGUGUUGUAGAUUAUUUCUUCAGAAAGUUGCUUGUAGCUCAUUGUUUGUAAAUGCUGAGAACUCAGGUGUGUGGUGGCUGCUUGAAAAUCUUAAAUCUUCUUCUGUACUAUUGAUUACAGUGACUCCUCUUUUGUACUAAGCUACUGGGUGUAUUGUUGGAAAUCCUGUACGUUAAAUGGGAAAUAAUUGGAAUUCCCAGUACUCAGUGAACAGUGAUGUCAGCAAAGCAAGGUGUUUAGUAAUUGGAAUAAUCUAGUUGCCUUGUGUAUUUUUAUCA